AUGGAGAAGACUUACUCGCUGACCGCUCACUACGACGAAUUCCAGGAGGUGAAGUACGUCAGUAAGUACAGCAGCACCGGGGCCCUGCCCAACGGGUUCAACUUACAGUUGGGCGCCGCCGGGGCCAAGAAACCUCGCUGCGGCCUCCCGCGGUGGAGCCGGAGGGAGAUCUGCCUGCUCUCUGGCUUGGUUUUCGCGGCGGGCCUGUGCGCCAUUUUGGGCGGCAUCUUGGUCCUCAAGUACCUGGCUUUGGAUCAGGCGGCCUACUGCUUGGAAGGGUGCCAAGAACGCCGGGCCUUCAGCAAGGCGUCGCGAUUCAUUGCCACCAACAUUGACCCCACCAUCGACCCUUGCAAGGACUUCUACUCCUUUGCCUGUGGCGGGUGGUUACGCCGGCACGGCAUCCCGGAGGACAAGCUGAUCUACGGCACCAUCGCCGCCAUCGGCGAGCUGAACGAGGAGAAGUUGGGACGGUUACUCCGUCAGCCCGUACGACGUCCUUAUCGGGCCUCGGCCGAGCGGAAAGUCAAGGAGUUUUUCCGUUCCUGUCUGGAUAUGACGGAGAUUGACCGUCUGGGCGCCUGGCCGAUGCUGGAGGUCCUUCAGGACUGUGGAGGAUGGGAUAUGGGGGCCCUGGGUGGGCAAGGCCGGUGGGACUUGGAUGAGCUGUUCUACAAGACGCAGGGAGUCUACAGCACCACCGUCUUCUUUGCCUUGACGGUUAACCUGGACAGCAAGAAUUCCUCCCGCUACGUCAUCCGGAUUGACCAGGAUGGGCUAACCUUGUCCGAGAGAACGCUCUACCUGGGCCAGGAUGAUGAAAGCGAAAAGAUCUUGGCCGCGUAUGGCGUAUUCAUGGAGCGCCUGUUGAACCUGCUGGGUGCCGAAAACGUGGAACAGAAAGCCAAGGAGAUUCUUCAGCUGGAGCAGAGGCUGGCCAAUAUUACAAUCUCCGAGUACGAUGACCUGCGGAGAGAUAUCAACUCCAUGUACAAUAAAGUCACUCUGGGAGAACUGCAGCGCAUCACACCCAACUUAAAAUGGAAGCGUCUUCUGGACAGAAUAUUUCACGAGCGUUUUUCGGAAGAUGAAGAGGUGGUGCUCUUAGCCACCGAUUACAUGCAGCAGGUCUCGGAGAUCAUCCAAACGACGCCGAUCAGGAUCCUUCACAACUAUAUGCUCUGGCGCAUUGCGGUGGUGCUGAGUGAACAUCUUUCCACCCCGUUCCGGGACGCCAUCCACGAGUUUGCCAAGGAGAUGGAGGGGGCCGAGAGGCCGAUGGAGCUGGCCAAGACUUGCUUGAGUCAAGCCAACAAGCACUUUGGAAUGGCCUUGGGGGCCCUGUUUGUGGAAGAAUACUUCUCCUCCACCAGCAAGGCCAAGGUACAACAGCUAGUGGAAGAUAUCAAGCACAUCCUCGACCGGCGACUCGAAGAACUGGAGUGGAUGGAUGAGGAAACCCAACGAGCGGCCCGAGCGAAGUUGAAGCACAUGAUGGUGAUGAUCGGGUAUCCGGAUUUCCUUCUCAACCCCAGAGCAGUGGACAAGGAAUACGAGUUCGAAGUCCACCAGAAAACCUAUUUCAAGAACAUCCUCAACAGCAUCCGGUUCACCAUCAAGCUGUCGGUGAAGAAGAUCCGUCAGGAAGUGGACAAGUCCGCAUGGCUGCUACCACCUCAAGCCCUCAACGCUUAUUACCUUCCUAACAAGAAUCAGAUGGUGUUCCCAGCUGGAAUUCUUCAGCCUACACUCUAUGAUCCUGAAUUCCCACAGUCUUUGAAUUAUGGGGGAAUUGGUACAAUUAUCGGGCACGAGCUGACCCACGGCUACGAUGACUGGGGCGGACAGUACGACCGGUACGGCAACCUGGUGCACUGGUGGACCGACGCCUCCUACAGCCGGUUCCGCCAGAAGGCCGAGUGCAUCGUGAAUCUCUACGACAACUUCACCGUCUAUAACCAGAGGGUGAGUCCAGGGAGGCACAGCGCUCCCUUCCGCCCCCCCCGCCCCCCCGAAUUGGCGUACCAGAAAUGGGUGCGAGAACACGGCCCCGAAAACCCCCUCCUCUGGCUCAAAUACACCCACGAGCAGCUCUUCUUCAUCGCCUUCGCUCAGAACUGGUGCAUUAAACGGCGCUCACAGUCCAUCUAUCUCCAGGUGCUGACCGACAAACACGCCCCUGAGCAUUACAGGGUGCUGGGCAGCGUCUCCCAGUUUGAGGAAUUUGGACGGGUCUUCCACUGUCCCAAGGGCUCCCCCAUGAACCCCACACACAAGUGCUCCGUCUGGUGA